CAGAGAGCAAAGAGAACGCGAGAGCUGUCAAACAUCUUUCACGUGUAUUUUAAACAAGGAAAACAGAAAAUAUAAAACUAUUUCUUCCAAAGACAAAUUAUUAAAUAAAAACGAAUUUAAAUCACAAAUUCUAGCCCCAAAAAGAUUGGACGAUACGAGAGUAAUAUGUCUUCGUCGUUUUUCCUGAAGAAAGAACCCAAAAACAAUAAAAAACGAAAGUUCCAAGGUGGUGGUGGUGCUGGCGCCAAGGGUAAAGGCAAAGAUAAAACAAAUGAAACACCUGCCAAGAAGAGGCCACAAAAAGAUGAUGAAGAAAUUGCCAGUGAUAGUGAAUAUGAAAGCGGUCUGGAGGGUGAUGGUGCCCCAAAUUUGGCUUUCUCCUCAGAUGAGGCUGAGGAAGAGACACCACAAGACAAACGUUUACGUUUGGCCAAGCAAUAUUUGGAAGAAAUUGAAAAACAAGAGGCAGAUAAGGCUGAAGAUCGUGAAUUACAUGACCAUGUUGCACAUCGCCUGCAAACAGAGUACCUGGACAGUGUGGGCAAAUUGAGGAAAAAGAUAGCAGGCUCCAUCGAAGGUUACGAUGCAGAGAACAUCAUCAAACUGAAACAUAAAAAACAACAUCUUCCCUUGUGUUCAUUGGCCCUCUCGCCCGAUGGUCAAUAUCUGUUGUCUGGUGCAAAAACACAAUACGUCUUGAAAUGGAAUUUAAAAACAUUACGUGUUGAAGGUUCCUUCAAUGUCCAGCCAUAUAAUGAAGAUAAAAAUACAGAUAUUAAACGUAGAUCACAUGUUAUAGCUUUAUGUAUUUCAUCGGAUUUCCGUUACCUAGCAUUGGCUGAUGGUGGCCACACCAUACAGAUAUGGUGCCCGAAAGAAUUGAAACAUUUGAAAACGUUCCAUGGCCAUCGAGAUGUUGUAACUUCGUUGGUCUUUCGCCGCGAUACACAUGAAUUGUAUUCAGCUUCGCGUGAUCGAUCCGUGAAGAUUUGGUCUCUGGAUGAGAUGGCCUAUGUGGAGAGUUUAUUUGGUCACCAGGCUCCAGUAACUGGCAUUGAUGCAUUAUCCCGCGAACGUGCUGUUACCUCAGGUUCUGAUUGUACUUUGAGAAUUUGGAAAAUUACCGAAGAGUCUCAAUUAAUAUACAAUGGUCACAGAGACAGCAUUGAAGCCGUAAAAUUCCUAAAUGAUGAAAAUUUCAUAUCGUGUGGAACAGAUGGAUCCCUUGGUCUAUGGAAUGCACUGAAAAAGAAACCUUUACACACCUCAACUCUUGUGCAUGGCACACAGGCAAAUGGAGAAGCCAAUUGGAUUACUGCAAUAAGUUGUGUAGUUAAUACUGAUCUUGUGGCCUCUGGUUCCUGCGACGGUUACAUACGCCUAUGGCAAUGUGUCGAGAACUAUCGUAAACUCAAACCUCUGUUGGAAAUUCCCGUCAAUGGAUUUGUAAAUAGUUUAGUGUUUAAUGCGGAUGGUACAAAACUCUAUGCCGCUGUGGGUCAAGAACAUCGUUGGGGUCGCUGGUGGCGUUUAACAGAUGCCAAAAAUCACAUUGUAGUCAUUGAUUUGUUAAAAGCUUCGGAGGCGGCAGAGGAUGCUGCGGCGGCUAGUAAAAAAACUAAAUGAUAAUAGUUAUUUAUUUAGGAUUUUUUUUUCUUUUUUUUCUAGAAAUUAUAAGCUGUUUUUAUGCAAAAAACGAUAUUUGGAAAUUAAAAAGAAAAUGCUUGUAGCAUUGAUGUUAUAAAAAAUAAAACGUGUUUUUAAAUAAA